AGAGAACGAAGCUAACAACAGCAUGUGACAACUGUAGAAAAAGAAAAAUCAAAUGUGAUGGAGCUAAUCCUAACCGUUGUAAUAACUGUAAGAAUAGAAAAGGGGCUGUAUGCACUUACAAUGGUACACAACCCACCAGAACGUACAAAGUGAGCUACGUUGAAGAUAUCGAGGAAGAGCUAGCCCGUUGUCAGGCAUUGUUAGGCCAAGGUAUUUCAACAUCAGUGGACAGCUUGAAAAAGAAGAACCAUAGUGACAUAAUACCUUCAAGCGACUACGCAGAUCUUUCUGAUGAGUAUUUGACCGAUAAUAUAGAUGGUCUUUAUAUACCUGCAGACGCAGAAAGUGAUAAUAUUAAAUUCUUCGGAAAGUCUUCGUUGAGAGGCUUGUUUGGUAGAAUUGAAGCUCAUACAGGAUUGAAUACUCUAGAUUUUAUCAAAGGAAAGCGUCCGCAAUAUUGGCUUGACGAUUGGUCCAAAGAAAUUUCUCCGCAUUCGUAUUUUACCAACUUACCUUACAAAAAGGAAGACUUCGGCGAUGAAACACUUUUAGACCAACUGGUAACUUUAUAUUUUGAGAAGGUUAAUAUCAGUAUGCCUUUACUGAAUGAGUUACACUUUCGGAAACAAAUGCCAAGGAAACUGGAAAGGCCAUUUGGCACGAUUUUGAUGUUGGUCGCAGCCCUUGGAGCACUUUACUCAAAUGACAACAGAUUAUCAAUCCCAGGAAGAGAAAAUCUAAAGUUUCUUCAAGGUUAUUAUUAUUAUAAUAUAGCGGUAGAAAAAAUGCCAAAUUAUAUGAAAGCUUCUGCCGGUUUGGAGGACAUUCAAGCUCUUAUCCUGUUACAGAUGUACGUUCAACGAGGUGUCCAUACGAAAAGCUCGACCAUGAUUAAUGGCCUGACCAUUCUACUGUCACAAAAUAUCGGUUUACAUUAUAAGUUUAUGAAUCCUAAUCACGACGACAUCAUAGAAAAAGAAGCUCGAAAACGUGCUUGGUGGAUUCUUUAUAUUAUUGACCGAUCGAACACAGCAUGUUUUGGCAGAUCUUUACUCAUUAAGGAUGAUGAAAUGCACUUGGAUCAUGUCGAGGUCACUAGUAAAGACCCUUCGGAUAGCAUAGCCAGCAUAAAGUAUAUGAACGAUAUAAUAAAAAUUUGCCAAAUUCAUGGUCAAAUUAGUCACAAAUUGUAUAAGUUUAGGAAGAGCAAUGUAGGAGAAAAUGCUAUUCUCAAAAUGAACGACAUCGCUACGUUGAACGCGAAGAUAAACGAUUGGAUUAAUAAUGUCUCCAUUAAUGAUGAGGACAUCAAGGAUGAUACGACAUACCAAUUUCGUGCCAAUAUCAAGCUAGCGUUCUAUAACGCGCAGUUGAUUCUCUAUCGACCCUUUAUGCCUUGUCCUAAACUGAAACUUCCAACCUCCAAUUUUCAAACGGCCAGCUUAGCAAUAUGCUCUAAUGCGUCAAGAUCGAUUAUCUGCAUUUAUAGUGAUCUCGUACUAAAUAGAAAAGUUGACCGCAUCUGGGCUGAUUGUAUUAUUUCUUGGUGUCCUUUCUGGGCGACGCUAAUCAUGAUACUAAGCUAUUGUGAGAGUAGAAGGAUGGGAAACAUAAGAUAUCAAGAUCUCGAUUACAUAAAAACAGGUAUACUGACGCUAAGGGGCGUUGAAAGUAAGAACGUUUUGUACGGACGAGCUGUGGACAUUUUAUUACCCAUUGUGAAAGCUAUUUUACCACCAGGCGACAUCUUCAUUGAAGACCAACAGCUAAUAUCUUUCAAUACAGAGUUCCACAGUACUGUAACCGCUAACAUUAUACAACUACCACAAGAUAAUACCAAUGUUGUUGAGCAGAAUGAUAGUUUCUUCAGGGAUAUGCUUGAUUAUCUCAAGUCUGACUCAUCGAAUAGUGUUUACAGUAACAAUAAUUUCAUGAUAACUCCCGAACAUGAGAAUGAUUUGAAUAUGAUGAUAAAUUCAAUGCUGGAUGGUGAUGCAGUAUAAGGAAGAGAGGAUUAGGAUCAUCAUUUUUUACGCAUAUGAUCCAUACACCCUGCACACAAAGAAUUCCAUACUUAUAUUAAUUGUAUAAUAUGCAUGUCAAAU